GGCGGGGGGGGCUGAUAAUCAUAGAAUAUCCGGGUUGGAAGGGACCACAGGAGGUCAUCUAGUCCGCCGCUGGCUCAAAGCAGCACCAAUCCCCAGACAGAUUUUUGCCCCAGAUCCCUCAAGGAUUGAACUCACAACCCUGGCUGCAUGCAUCUCUGGCCUCCGAGUCAUCUUCUGCCUCUGGGUCCCCUUCCACAUCCUCGUACAAGAUUUCCUCCUCCUGGCUCGGUCCACUCUCAACUGGCACGUGAGCCACCAAAGUAUCCACAGUGGUCUUCACAAUGAAGGUGGGGUCACCGCCGAGUAUCGCGGACAGCUCUUUGUAGACCCGGCAGCUCAUGGGCGCAGCACCGGAGCGGCGGUUUGCCUCCUGCGCCUUGUGUUCAGAGUGAAGCGAUGACAGUAAAACUGCUUGGAUUCCUGGAUAGAUGUUCCCACGUUUUAAUGAAAAUAUGUGAGUGCCAAGGCCUUCAUAAACCUAGGCAUCCAGUGUUAAAACUAAGCAAUGAUGUUGUCAGGGCAUCAUUCAGAACUCUAGCACCAAACAGAGUCUUGAACUUGUGCACUCCUGAAACUGCUACCUAUUGCUUGACAAACCUGUGUGAACGACUCAAGAAUUGGCAAAGGUCAGAAGCAAAGAUUGUGAAUUACCAGAUCGGAGAAGUUUAUCCUCCAUUCAGGGACCAUUUUGAUACUCUAAGGACUGUGAUAUACAAGCAUGGACUAAGUAGUGUUAGAAAGUUUAUGAAAAUGCCAAAAAGAUCUUAUUCAGUUGUAUCAACUAGUAAAAUACUGCCAAAACAAAGUAUUCUGCCAACUAAGAGACCACCGAAGGCACCUAGGACCAAACAGCCAUCCAGAGCUAACCAGCCACUAGUGUCAGAAACUGAGGAUCUGAUGCAGUGUACAGCCUUCGCAACAGCAGAUGAAUAUCAUCUUGGUAAUCUAUGUCAUGACCUGACUUCAUAUGGAUAUGUUGAAAUAACAAGUUUGCCUAGAGAUGCAGCAAAUGUUUUGGUGAUUGGCACAGAAAACGCUGCAAAAGAAUAUGAUCCUGGUAUGAUCUUUUUCUUCAGGGAAGGAUCUGUUGUGUUUUGGAAUGUGGAAGAGAAAACUAUGAAGAAAAUAAUGCAAGUGCUGGAGCGGCAUGAAAUUCAGCCUUAUGAAGUUGCACUGGUUCAUUGGGAGAAUGAAGAAAUUAACUAUAGGAGAGGAGAAGGCCAGUCAAAGCUCCACAGAGGAGAAAUCUUGUUAAAUUCUGACCUGGAUAUUGAUGAAGUAAUUCUGCAGAAAUUUGCCUUUUCAAAUGCUCUUUGCCUUUCUGUAAAACUGGCCCUUUGGGAAUCAUCCUUGGAUAAUUUUGUGGAAUCUAUCCAGUCAAUUCCUGAGAUAUUAAAAUCAAGAAAAAAAGUGAAACUCUCUCAUGCUGAUGUAAUGCAGAAAAUUGGGGAACUCUUUGCCUUACGGCACUGUAUAAAUCUGAGUUCAGACCUGCUGAUAACUCCUGACUUCUACUGGGACAGAGAAAACCUUGAAGAGCUUUAUGACAAAACCUGUCAGUUUCUCAGCAUUAAUCGCAGAGUUAAGGUAAUGAAUGAGAAACUUCAGCACUGCAUGGAGCUGACAGACCUGAUGCGAAAUCACCUGAAUGAAAAACGUGCACUGCGCUUGGAAUGGAUGAUAGUCAUACUCAUCACUAUAGAGGUCAUGUUUGAACUUGCCCGAGUAGUUUUCUGACCAUGGCAGAAGCUAAGAACAUCUGAGAAAAGUAUGACAGGACCAUAUUCACAACAGAAAAAAGUUCCUUGCUCCCACCUCUUUAUUUUCUUGUACACUUCUUGAAAAUGCUGUCUUACUAAAUAAAUGUAUUUAUGUAUAAAUGUACAUCUGUUCAAAUAAACUGUGAACUUAGUGAAUAAAUUGUAAGUUAGGUUCAGCACUACUAGACCACUGAUCAUUUGAUAUAAAUCUAUAGAAUUUAUCCAUUUUAAGUGAAGUUUCUGCAGUGAGUAGGAAAUGCUGUGUGUCAAUAAAUGUCUCCAAUGUGACAUUA